GCUGAAUCUGCGUUAACAUUUGUUUUUGAUCUCUGUGCGCUUUCCUCAAGAUGAAAAUUGUAUGAUGGUUUUUAUCUUAUGUGGUUCUGGAGGCUAGUAUUGACAGAGCUUGACUUUUCAAGUGAACACUGUAUUCUGAUCGGGGUAUCAGACUUAUUUUUCUAAAGAUCGGAAAUGAAUUUCGAACAGCUGUUAGACACAAUCGGUGGGUUCGGGAAAUACCAGAAGCUUUUGUAUGUGUGGAUAUGUCUACCGCAGAUCUUUCUCGCAUUUCACAUGAUGGCGAGCGUCUUCACAGGCGCCACACCACCGCACCGUUGUCGGGGUUCACGUGUCGAGGACUGGUCACUUACCGGCCACAAUCGUUCAAAUGUGAACUUGAGCAUCUCCCUCCUGUCUGGGCAUGCGGACUCGUGCGCUUUCAUUUCAGGAGAGAACCAAAGUUCACGUUCAAGUUGUGAGACAGGAUGGGUGUAUAGCCUCGAUAUCUUCGAGAGCACCACAGUCACUGAGUGGGAUCUGGUGUGUGACAAGGCAGGUCUAAACAGUCUGGGUUCCUCUGUCUAUAUGCUGGGACUACUUGUGGGAGCUGUUGUGUUUGGAGCUAUGGCAGACAGGUAUGGGAGGAGGUUUGCCAUGCUCUUGUCUUUAGCCCUUCAGACAGUGUUUGGUGUGGCUGCUGCCUUUGCUCCAAACUUUCCUGUUUAUGUCACCCUGCGCUUCAUCAUAGGAACAUCAGUCUCGGGCGUGAUAAUCAAUGCUUUUGUGCUAGGCACAGAGUGGACCAGCACACAGAGACGAAUGCUAGCAGGCAUCUUCACAGACUACUUCUUUGGUUUUGGCUACAUGCUGCUGGUGGGUGUGGCCUAUCUCAUCAGAGACUGGAGAAAGCUACAGCUCGCAAUCUCUGUACCAGGCUUUCUCUUCAUAUUCUAUAUCUGGGUUCUUCCACAUUCAGCCCGUUGGCUCUUGGUGAAUAACAGAAAAGAGGAGGCGAUUGUUCUUCUACAUAAGGCAGCUCUGGUUAAUGGAUGCACCUUACCUCCAACUGUUCAGCUAUCACAGGUGGAGCGUUAUGAGGUUCCACAAGAGCGGAGACAAUACACUGCUGCUGACCUGCUUAGAACUCCACAGAUGAGGAAGAGGGCCCUCAUACUCUUCUACAUCUGGUUUGUUAAUGUGUUGGUGUAUUAUGGGCUGUCUCUGGGUGUGUCUGACCUAGGGGCAGAUCUUUACCUCACUCAGUUCAUGUUUGGGUUGGUGGAAAUUCCUGCUAGGUCUUUGGUGUUGGUCUUCCUGCCCUGCAGUCGGAGAAUCCCACAGAGUGUGUUCCUUGCUGUGGGAGGUGGAGCAUGUUUACUCACUUUUACUGUUCCUGCAGACAGUGCUCAAGUUCAGACUGCUUUGGCCAUGGUGGGAAAAUUUGGAAUUACAGCAUCUUUUGCCAUUAUCUAUAUUUAUUCUGCAGAACUCUUCCCAACUGUUCUCAGGCAGACAGGUAUAGGUGUGUCUUCUAUGUUUGCACGGAUGGGUGGAGUUUUAGCUCCGCUAAUAAAUCUGCUUGGACGCCAUGCACCUGUUGUGCCCAUGUUGAUAUUCGGCACCACCACUCUGCUCGCUGCAGUGCUUGCCCUGGCAUUGCCUGAGACUGCUAAUCAACCACUACCAGACAACAUUUAUGAUGCAGAGAAGUCUACUCCUUUAAAAUGUGAUGGACAAAUUCCAGUACAUACCAGCCAAUCACCAAGCAGCACAGAAGGGCAGGAACUGCAGAGUUUAGCAGAUGAGUCCAGAUAGACAUAAAUGCCUAUGUAGCAUUGAUGUAAAAGGACAAAUUGCAUACACAUUACACACGUGUAUACAAUGACUUUUACUGAUAUACAUAAAUCUCCAUCAAGCUCUGCUGCACAGUGAUUGAAAUCAAAUGCAUAACCAUAUUCAGACAUAUAAGUCUUCCCAUUUAAAUAACCAUCAACUUUAAGUUCAACAUGCAAAAGUUAAUUCAGCAGAACUGUAAACCUCUGUUAUAUUUGUGUUUGGUGGCAGGUGAAGGAAAUUAUCCAUAACCUCAUAUCACUAAGCACUUACAAUACCUCUUUACUGUAAAUCAACUGCAUAUGUGCUAUAUCUGUUGCAUAUCCAUGAACUGAUUUAUUUACUUAUUAUUUGCACUGUGGCAUGCUCUAAUGAAGAGUGUACUCGGUUCCAUACAGUAUCUUUUUGUGUAUUAUCUUUAGAAAUGUUCUUUAAGAAUUUGAAAUUUAAUAGCAGGUUGCCAACCUUUUUACAGUACUCCAAAAAAAAAAAAAAAGAAAAAAAAGAAGAAUGGAUUAAGGAUAAAAGGACAGGUUUGUGCUAAAGAUCUACAAAAUGAACAUAUAGCCUUGGGAGUUUAUGAUUUACAGUUAUCCAAAUGACCUUGCUAACAAUACUGAGCACUGAGCAUGAGGCAACAUUUCAGUGUUUUGCUUCCACUGUUUGGGAAAUACCACUUUUUUGUGUGUGGUUUGUAGUGAUUUGCUUUCAGCUUUGCUUGAGAAACCCAAAGCUUCUGCCUGGCUGAAAUAUUUUAAUAGCAUGUUAGUAUACUGAAUAAUCUUAGUUCAGUAGUUACAGGGAAACUUAUCAUAUAAUGUUUAGUGCUGAUUUAACUGCCGUCUAUAUGACUGCAAUUGAUUUUCAUAUUGUUUUAGUAAGGAAAACGUCAUAAUAUGCACAAUUAAAAAUAUUGAGGUUUAAAGCAAUUUACUGGGUAAAAUACAAGUUGAGCUGAAUCAAUCGCAUCCAUCAUGACAAGUUGUCGAUUACCACAGAAAUAAUGUCAACUUGUCCCUUAGUUUGUAAAAACAAACAAAAAUUACUUUACAGUAAUAGACUUACAAUAGAAGUCUAUGGGACAAGGGAUUGUAAAGAAAUAAAUGUUAAAAUACACAUUGUUUUGCAACUAUACCACAAGACUUAAAAAAUUAUAUAUCACAUGCUGACUGGAGACUAGUUUGAGACAUGUGAGAACAUGAGACUACAGGUAUACAUGUUAACAUGAGACUAGUGUGUAGUAAAAUAGCUUAUACCCUUAAAAAACUCCUGUAAUCACUGGCAUCUCAGGUUCAUUAUUUCUGUUGGGGCACAAACAAUCACUUAACCCAACAUGUCAGGGGUUACGUUAACAGAAAAUUCCCCGUCAUUUACUGAUUUUUUAAAACUUGACGUAUAAUUCCAAAUGAUGUCCGUCAUUUUGAAAGAUAAAAAAGAAACAAGAAAAUCAUUUUAACCUAGUGCAUCAGUUUGGACUUCACACACACUCACUCUCUCUCUCUCUCUCUCUCUCUCACUCACUCACACACACACACACACACACACACACUCUGCUGUGUCUGUGUGACCUGUUUAUUCCCUGGUAUUAAGAUGCACCAUCAUCAUUUACGCCUGGUAAUAUGAGUCUCUUUUGACCAAUUGUGUUCUGAUUUCGAGGAGAGGGUCUUUUAUUUCAUGACUACAUACAUCAAUCAUUACGUCAGUGUGUUAAUGCAUGAUAAUAAAGUGCACGAAAGCAUAACAAAAAGAAAGCACAAAAAAGCAAUGCAUCGUUUCUGCCAAUUUUACUUGCAUUUAAUAUAAGCGCAAACAUUAUGUUUAGAGCAGAAUUCUCAGUAAUUUUUGUGAAGUAAAUAUAUUAACUGAGCUUCAGAGAUGUGUGCUUCUCAUCUGUGACACUUUAUGUUGAUAUCAGGCACACUGAAAAGAUUCUGUGAACUUGUGCAUGUAUGCGCAUAAUGCGCUUAAUCUGCAAAGUUUAAAAAAAGUUGUUUUAGCGCAGCGGUUGAUUGACAGAAAGAACUUUCAUAGAACUCAUUGGUUUCACCAGGCUCAAGCGUGAAGAGUCAAAAAAUAUAUCAUGUAAUGUAUCAUAUACAGCAUACAGUAUAUGCCAUUAUAAUGGAUGCUACGCCCCUGAAUGUAGCCCUAGUAUAAAAAUUAAAACAAGUAUGAAGGAUAAAAAUAGAUAACGACGGAAAUUUUACAACUCAGUCCGUCAGUGUGAUGGAUAAAGAUUUUAUCUAGCGCAACCUCUGAACAUGAUGCCAUGUACAAACAUCCCUAAUCAUUUUA